AAAAGAAAUGAACAAGGAUAUAGUUUUUAUAGUCCUCACCUCGUUCUGGUUCCUGUUCGGCUUAAUCGGCUGCCUGGCGGCAAAGCACUUCAAGGAGCGAGGAGUCAUCAGGUGUUGCAUCAUCCUCUCGGCUGUCUGCUGCUGGCUGCUCUGGGUAGUCACGUUUCUGAUGCAGCUCAACCCGCUGAUUGGGCCAAGGGUUAAUCAAAGAGUUAUCUACGGAAUGAUGUCCUACUGGAAGAACUCCUACAUGCAAGAUGAAUAGAAUAAAUAGUCGUCACAUCUCCUCUAUGGCCAGGCUAGAAUCAAUAUGUAUAAACGGAUUACAAUGAUGAUUUACUGUGCCAUUUACCUUGAUUAAUUAUUUUUUUAAAUCUCUAGUAAAUUGUUAAAUAUUUGUAC